AUGCACCCGCAGGUGGAGAUUUUGAAGGCGGAGAUUUUGGCAUCGCUUGAUGUAUUUCCUAUGACACAGGCAACCAGAAGGGCAUUUUGGGAAUGGUAUCCUCGUGCAGUUUCCAAGAAGCAGUGUCCUCCUCUGCCAGAUCCACCACAGUCUGGGGAUCAUGUCCUCGACAAAUUGCAAGUGCUUGAACUUGCUGACUCUGAGGAGUCUGUCUAUUUGUCCGAAAGGAAACGAUCCUUGCAAAUUUCGGUCAAAGGCUGUGAAAAGUUGGCAAAGGGGCUGCUCGCCUGCAAGGUCCUUCUCGUGCAGGAAUAUGUCACGUGCCCUUCAAUGGAACGUCCGGAUGCAGUGGUUCGUGCUCUGGCGCACGCGCAGAAGUCUCGAAGCCAUUUGAAGCUGAUCGAGGAGGAGAUUGAGCCAGUGCGAUCGGUGUUGGAAAAGCUCACGCAAACAGAGCUUCCUGAAGCAACAGAGGUCGCCUCCAAGCUGCCUGUGUUCCGUUCUUGGGGUGGUGGCGUUGGCUUUCCAGACAAGUCGCUGAUGCCUCCCCUGACAAGUGCCUUGCGCAUUGCCCUUCAAGAGGUAAAGUUGGACGCAUUGGAUGAGGAGGAUCACGCAAGCAUCACCUCCUUGCUUCACAGAAUGAACACUCCACAGUUGAACCCUGUGGAAGUUGCAAAGCAGGCCCUCCAGCAAAGCAAGAAGCCGGUCUUGCUAGCAGAGCUUCUCCGUGCCAAUCUUUCGGAGGCCUUUCAUGAUGUCGAAAUCUUUCUGAGUGCGAGUGGCAAGCUGCUAAAGCCAACCUCUUGCUUGCUAUGGGACGCUGAGCAAGACUUUCCGUUGAUCCCGCAGCGCCUGGACGCAGAAGUCUUUCAAACACAUUUUGAGGGUUUGAAGCAGCAGCUGAAGAUGCUGGGAUGCCGAACGGAGCUGGAUCAGAGAGAUGAUGUGAAGAGGUGCUGGCCCGACCAGUUCAGCUCCUACGAGCUUGAAGGUUGCCAGCUUGCCAAUGGAAGCUACCGCGGAACAUUGAUCCGAGCGCCCUUGCGAGAGAGGCCGAGUGACAUCAGUGGUCGGCACUUUGGAGAUGCAGACAUCAAGGAGUUGUUGAAGCUGAUUGAAGGUGAGGGACACCUGUGGCUGCUUUUCCUUCGACAGAUUUCGGAGUUGGAAGUCAUCGAUGUUCAGCGCAACAAAGUGCUGCUGCACCACAGAAGGGCGGACAAACCAGAACAUGUCUCCAUUUUGAGCAAGAACCACUCAGAUGAGAAGGAGCGUAGCUACUGCUAUGAUGUUUGUCACAAUGGAGAUGUUUCCGUAGCUUUGCCACAAAGAAUGGAUGGCUGCCCACAGGUUGGCCGCAUUUUCAGCCGGCUUCCUUUGUCUGAUGUCCUUUCAGGAAUGCCUGCGCAUUUGUCAGCGCUGUUUUGGACAAGCACAGACCGAAGAACGUUGGUUUUGGAUGCGGCCAAAGACCAAGGUCACUGGGCGAGCGAGAACCGAAGCCUGCUUCAGAUGGCCUGCGAGUGCUUGAUUUCAUUGUUGGCAAAGAAGUCAGGGGUUCAAAGGUCAACUUUGUUGCACUUUUUCCCGACUGCAGAUCAACCUGGUUUGGCUGCCAAGCUCCUGCAUGAGCUUUUCUUUCGAGGAGUUGCCCAAAGAUGUAGGUCUUUGGAGUCUGAACAGGUGCUCUAUACAGUGGCUGGUAAACCUGCCACCAAACUGCCCAUUUUGCUUAGUCUCCACAAAGAAGUUCCCGAGGCUUUGCAGAAGCUAGAGGCUCCGGUUGUUGUGGUGAACGAAGUGGCGUUGCAGGGAUUGCUCCAGGCGGAUGGGUCUGCGCUUUUAGAGUUGACCCCGCAAUCCCUCCGGGCGUGGCUCAGAAAAAUGGACCCCACGCUUCACCAGUUUUGUGAUCCUGAGAUCCUCCUGUACGCCAUCGGUGAUGGAGCUCGCAAGUCCCAGCAGGGCCUGUACGGGGAGGACUUGGAUGGAUGCCCCCCUGGCAUUGACGGCAGAUGGCAGUGUGCAUUGCUUCUCAGCUGCUACGACUUGGCUGUGGCAGAGCUGGGUGUCCAUGCUUCAGGUGAAGCUUGGGCGGGUGCAUUUUGGCGAUGGUACCGAAGGAGAUGUUUGCAUAGGCCGGAGAUGAAGCUGGACCCAGCUCCACAUCUCCUGGACCAGUUGCAGGUGCUUUGGCACCAAGAAGCAGAUGGAUCCAUCCGACUGCAUCCACUCCAUCAGCGCCACCGAGCUUUGAGCUGCAGGGAUCUGAGGGCGCCAAUCGUCAAGUGCCUAAGAGCUUGCCACGUUUUGAUCGUCCUUGAUUGCGAUUGUCCCCCUGUUCAUGAUCCCAAUGCUUUGGCCCAUGCCCUCUGCUGGGCACGGAAGCAUCAUGGUCCGGCAGACUUUCGGAUGAGCUGCGAGGACCAAGGCUGGCGUGACCUGCUCGAGGCUUUGAUCCGAUCGCAGGUGCCAGAAGCAUCGGAGAUCGCCAAGGCCUUGCCGCUCUUCCGCAACUGGCAGAAGCAGUUGGUAACUCCAAGCCUUCAGCUGUUUCCCUUGAGUGUGUCAGAUCGGUUUCGCAAGGCGGUGUCCACUCUGUCAUUUGACCUGUUGUCCGAGAAUGACGGCCACAUCGUCCAGUUUCUUCGGAAACUGGAGGUGGUGGAGAUGGAGCCAGAAGAAGUGGCUAGGCAGGCCCUGGCUCAGAACAAAAGGGUUGAGUUCAUAGCAGAGGUCUUGUGUGCCAACUUGGAAAGCGUUCUGGCCAACAUGCCAAUCUUUCCUGUUGCCCAGCACGAGGAGCUUCUGCCAAUUGAUCAAUGCCUGCUGUGGGAUGCUGAAAAGGACUUCAAAUGCUUGACCAGGCGGCUGCGUGAAGAUGCUCGGGUCUUUGAACAGCAUUCUCACAAGCUUCUGGCCCUUGGAUGCCGGCAGCAACUGGACCUCAUGGAUGCGAUAGAAAUCGCAAAGUCUGCAGCCCACUCGAAAGAUUCGUCGUUGUCCCAGAACUUGCUCCAGAGGCCCAUCGCCUGUGGACCAGCUGAGACCUUGAAGCUACUUGGAGUAAAGAUGGAACAUGAUGUGGAUGAUCCCAUACUUCUGGAACAGCUCAAGGCUUUGACGUUGGUAGCGAAACAUCGACGUGUACAGGCGCUUGAGUGUCAAGCAGUUUACUUUCGCUUGCAUCAGGCUCCAGACUUUGAGUCGUGGAUUUGGACAGAACAUGGCUUUGCUCCACUGGAUGAUGUGUCGAAGGACCCUCAAGCAACUUCACUUUCGCCUUACAUGCAUACAUUGAUGCAUGACUGGUUGGAAUAUCCCAUCUUCUACGAGAUGAGGGAGAGGCUUUGCGUCGCCAAGCUGCUUCAAUUAUUACAGAAACUGAAGCUCUUGCAAGGAACUUCAGCUGAGGCAGAGUUAUCGAUCCUGGGUGGUGUGUGGACAUCUGUGACUCAGUUCUUUACCGGAGAGAACCAGGAGGAGAAACAAAAACGCAACUUGGAUGUGGCUUGCAACAUUCUGAAGUUGUUGCACGAGAGGAUUGGAGAGAUUCGAUCCAAACAAGAUCUUUGGAUUCCUGCACGGGACGGAGUUCUACGACAAGCCGGUGAGCUGUUCGUGCAUGAUAUGCCCUGGACCUCGCUACAUCCCGACGGGUUUCAUCUUCUUCACCGAAAUGUCCCAGAAGGCAUUGCCCGCGACUUUGGGGUCGAACCGAACAGCCUGUUGAUGCUGAGGAUGUUGAGAAAGGAUCCAUCAGGCCUUGAGGCAACAGACCCUGACCUGGACAUGCAACGACUGCGAACUUUCCAGAGCGAGCACAAGCAGAGCCAGGAGAGGCAGGAGAAGUCCCUUGCUGCCGUCUUGGAACUAUUCCUCGAAAUGGCAAACUCCGCAGGGGCUUCAAAGGUGCGCUUCACGUUGGAUUGGAGGCUGCACGAGGAUAAGUCCCUCCUGACAAAAAACAUGGAGAGGCUGCAAGGUCCGGCAAUACACGUUGUUUUUGAUGCAGCUCUGGGAAAGAAAGAGUGGAAAGGCUUGAGGAAUCUGGAGAGAAAGUGGGCACAACUCUUCGCCUUUUCGGAUGUGAUCUCUGUUGUGAGCAGAGAAACUGCAGUUUUCCUCGACCCAUUCCAGAUCUACCUGAAAGGCUUGCUGGAACAUUCGGAUGCAUUUUGGCUGGCUUUGUCUUCGAAGGAUUUGAGCAAAAAAUGGCCUGACCAAUUCAAACCCUUUGAGGCAGGACUUGAGAAUCUCUUCUCGGGUGAAACAAAAGCGACUGUGGUGCGCUUGCCUUUGAGAGAUGCUUUCGGUAAGUCUAUGGUGGAGCUCGAGAAGUUCAAACAUUUCCUUCACGCAGAAGUGAAGAGUGUCACUUCCUAUGAGAACUGGCUUCUUUUCACUGAGAAAAGGUUGAAGAAGAUUCUGAUCCACGAGAUUUCUGACAAAGAAUCUUCAAACAUCAAUCCUCGCUUUGAUGAUCUUUAUAUCCUAUCCAGUGAAGUGGUGGCUCAGGAGUCACAUGUGAGCGACGCUCUCAGUCAGCCUGGAAUCACCAGCCAAAUCGAGAAGCGUUUCUUGCAGCUUGGGACGAGCAAGACUGAGUGGCUGGUUGGCUGGCGAAACUCAGUGGCAGUUGCUUGCCAGCGGGGCAAGCAUGACCCGAUUGCACCCAGUGUAGGCACAACUGCUCGCUUGAGGGCUCAGAAUCCAGAAGUCUUUCCGGGUGCUCAUGUCUUUGGGCUGGAGCCACUGCAGCUACAACACAUGGCGACUGGGAACGCGAGCCACGAAGAGAUUGAGCAGUUGGCCGAUCUUGCCGUGGACCUUGUACUCCAUGUUUGGGCAACGGAGCAUCGCUUUCUGGGAGAUCUCCUUCCUGUAGAGCAGCCACCGCACCAUCAUUCAGGAGUUGCCAGGUGUUUCUCCAAGGCUUUGAUCAACCGCUUCAAUGUUCAGGGCUACAAGAUCGACAAAUGCCACUCAGCACCCUGCCCAGAGAUGUUUAUAGUUGAUCCUGCGUUUCAGGGCUGGCUGGCAUCAGAGCUCCAAGUUGUGGUACUACCACAGAAGUUGAGAGCGCUCCUUGCCCAAGCAGCCAGUUUGAACAUCAGACACCCACCUGUUGCUCAUGUCCUGCAAGGCUUUGCUCGGCUUCCUCCGAGGCAUGCACAUAUUGCUUGCAGAUGGCUCUUUCAAGGCUUUCCGGACGCCAAACAGAUCUUGGCAAGCUCGUUUCGAGGGUCGGUGUAUCUUCUGCAAAGGGAGGACUCAAAGUACGACAACUUCGAGGGCUGGACCUGGUACUUCGAUGAAGUUGAGAAGAACAAGGAAAACUUUUGGCGCAAACUGAUCCAUUCACCGGAACCUGCCCACAAUGUGGUCAAACCCAGUGAGCUUGCCAAGAAGCAUUUUGAUCAGUCCUUGGGAGUACUUGACCCACGGAAGAUUGAAGAUUUGGCCAAAUGUCCCACUGAUGUGAAUAUGCCAUACUUUUGGCGGCUGUUCAAAGAAACGGCUUAUGAAAAGCAAGAGCAUCAGCUGGGACUUUUGAAAGGGAAAUUCAAUGUUCAAGUCCUUCACCUUGGUCGAAGAACAUCUGUUCUGCUCGAGGAGCAUUGCGCCCUCAAAGACAACGUCCCUUCCGCUGAGGCUUUGGUGGCCAUUGGUUGCUACAUCGCAGUCGAUCCGGUGCCGGCGCCCUUUGCUGGGAACAAGCCCUUGGACGUUGCAAAGCACUUGCAAGUCCUCCGGGCCAAGAGCGUCCUUAAGGUGGAGAACGCGGAAGCUCGACACAAGGAUGCGCUGUGCAAGCGCUUCUUGGAUGAUUCGAUGGAGGAAGCGGUGCUGAAGGUGUUUGUGGACCUGCCGAUUGUCAAGGGAGAGAGCGCGUAUUUGACCUUGCGUCAAUUUUGCACCGUGCAGAGCAGCAGGCUGGCCAAUGCUUGCCGAAGUUCCGGCCUGCAGGUCUUGGAUUCAGAUGAUGUCCGAUGCAAAGCUCUCAAGAAGGUUCUUCCGCAAGCUGAAGUCCUUCCAGGCAACCUUCUCCAGAAACACGAAGAGCACUUGCGAAGACGCGCUGCUGGCGCCAACAUGGAGAUCCUUUUGGCAGCGUUGGAUGCUGCUCGAGGAAAUGAGAACCAGAUCCAGAUCAUCAUGCACUGCCCACUGCUUCCAAACGGGCGUACGAUGGAAAGUUGCUGGAGGCCCACUGAUCCUUUGGCCAAGUGGCUCGGAGCUUUGGAUGCUGGUCUUGAAGGCUUUCUGAAGACCGCCAUGCAGCUGCCAGAGGUGAAAAAACGGCUGAAGUCGACGCUGAAAGCAUCCUGCUUGUUGGAAUUGCUUCAGGUUUUCAGGCCGAAGGAGAAAAUUGGAGGAAGUCCUGACAAGGCCAACAAGUGGACAGAUGCCCUUCUCAACACCUUGUCAAAGAUGGAAGUCAGCGAGUUGAACAAACUGCACGGCACAUCCAGCGGCUUUUCCAACCUGCCGGUCUUCUUUUUGAAUGGGGAUUGGAGACGCAGCUGCGAUGUUUUCCUGCCAAAGUUCCAGGAGAUCUUGUUUUGGACCAAGGCGCCGGUGCUGAAUGUAUCUGUGACCCACGAAGUUGGCCGCCUGUUUGCAGAGCGACCGCCACUGCCACUAGUGGUAGAACACCUUUGCAAGAUGGUAGAAGGAUACGCAGACUUCAAAGUGGAACGCCAAGAUCAGGUACUUGAAUGA